GCGCUGGCCGUGAUGGUCUCCACCUUCCACAGGUACUCGGGGAAGGAGGGGGACAAGUACAAGCUGAGCAAGCAGGAGCUCAAGGAGAUGCUCCUCAAGGAGCUGCCCAGCUUCAGCAGACAAACCAGCGAGGCCAGCUUACAGCAGCUCAUGAGCAACCUGGUGGAUUUCCAAGAGUACGUCCCCUUCGUGGCUUGCAUGGCCAUGAUGUGCAACGACUUCUUCCAGGACUACCCCGACAAGAUGCCACGCAGAAAGUGA